AUGCCACGCGCAAAGAACCAAGGGUCGUCAGAACCCAAGCGACGCAGCCGUACCGGUUGCUGCAAUGAGUUUCUGGUGGACACCUCGGCCACCGAUCACAUCGGCGUGCCUCUACAGCGUUAUGCCACCGCGCCGAACCCAGCACACGCAGGCCCUAUACACUACGAGUUUGAGCAUACGCUUUUUCAGGAUCUGCACCAGGGCAGCUCCGACAUGAGCGCCUCGUCGGCCGUCGUAGUCAAGAGAAAGGCCAAGUCGAUGGAUGACGCCUUUUCGAUGGACCGGCGGACCUCGGCGGACCUCGGCUUCAACCUGGGCGCCGGCCAAGACACCACCAUGACCAACACAGCCGCCCACGUCAACGGCGUCGCGCAGAGUCCCGCGUCGACGAUAUCGACGAGCGAAGAGGUCGUCCUCGCCUCUCGAUCGGCACGAAAUGACGCCCCCAGGGACCCUUACUACCUAGACCAGGCGCCGUCCCCCAUCGAUCUCGGGUGGAACGGCACAUGGACCACCAGCACCGACGCCAUGAUGGGCUGCAUCGCCUCGCACUCGCCGCAGCUGUCGCGCGUGGCCUCGUGUACGAGCGAUGAGAUGGCGCUUGCAUCAAUAUGGGGGGAUUCGGCCGCCGUCGAGACGUCUGAUUGUAGAUCCAGCGUCGACGGCACGGGCACCGACUGCGUAGAUUGCCCGACCAGCCUCUCGUACAUGGCACAGGUCGGCUACAGUAGCGCGCCCACGUGUAGCAUGAUGUGCCUCAUGAGCAGAGAUCCCUGGAUGAUGGUCAUGGGAGACAUGAAUCAGCCCUUGACUGGAACCAGAGCCCUGGAGACGGUCCCCGAGCAGGCAACGCCGACAAACGGGAAUCCGCCCUGGAUCAUCAGCAGCGAAUAUCAGCAGACGAUUAAUGCGCUGCCGAAAGGGAUAUCGCCUAUCCCAGACAAGCUGAGAGAUGAGACCAACAUGAUGUUCUUCGACCACUUUGUCAAUUACACAGCAAAAGCUGUGCACCGGUCACAAGUCCUGCGCAUGACGGAGCCCGAAUUGCGCAUAGCCGAAUGGGCCGAAGACAUCUUUUCCGUUUUGCGGGUGAUGCUUGGCGACCAAACACAGGCCGUGACAGACGAUACGCUGCUGUCCAUGGUGCUUCUAACAUCGCUUGAAAAAUCGUCGCCGAGUACCUUUGGCGCCAACAUCCCCUGGCAAAAACACAUUAAUCUCACGCGCAGUCUCAUGGAAAAGCGUCUCGCCACUCUCAACGCGCAAAACGCCAAGAGCGACGAGCUCUCGUUUAUCUUUAGUUGGUUUUCCUAUCUCGACACCAUGGGCCAAGUCAGCAACGCGCCGUUGAUUGAGGGCAUUUCCCCCCAGACGGGGCCGUACGACCUGCUGCAUAAAAUCAGCGUCGACGACGAGGAGGAAUUCGACUGCGUCAUGGGAUUCACCACGCACUGCGGGCAGCUCCUCGUCGAGCUGUCGGCGCAGAUCCGACAGCUGCCCCCGGACGACGACGAGCAGGCGGCAGCACCCGACGAGGGCGCCAUCCAAGCGGCACUGGACCUGGAACGCCGCUUUAAGGAGAGCAUGACGAAGCCGGUCAAGGUGUGCCACCACCUGCGCAAGAACAAGAUGGACAUGCGCAGCCUGACGGAAAUGGAUGCGGCCAGCCAGGCGUUCCACUGGGCUGGCGUGGUUUACCUGCGGCGCCGCAUCCUGCGCAAAACGUCGGGGGAUGACGGGGUGCAGGACGGGGUGCAGCGGAUAUGGGAGUGUAUUCAACAUGUCAAGCGCGCUCGAAAGCUCAUGGAGGCUUCGUGGCGUGGCGGCCAGCCGUGGUACAACUUGAUUCAAGAUGAGUAUCUUGGAUAG